AUGAGCGAAGCUCGGUGCCCUCCCCGGUUCUCAUUCGAGCACGAUCAACGCCAAAGUCCACUGUUCUCCCGUCUGCCAUCCGAGGUGCGCGAGGAGAUCUUUGCGUUUGUUCUCUCCAGCUAUGAUGACACGACUCGAGCAUAUCCCAAGGAAACCUAUUGGACUCGACCGGGCCAUCGUGGACCGCAGCGGGUCUCCACAGACCUCCUGAGAACCUGCAAACGAAUCUACACGGAAGCGUGGUUUAUGCCGUUCAUCUACGCCGAGCAUACGGAAUACCUCACCGCGCGAGACAGAAAGCCACGGUCGGCGAUGUGGAGUCGCCGUCUACAGAUGAUGGACGCCGACUACGAACAACUCCAACCACAUUUGGUUCGCAUUUUCGCGCAAUUGUGGGUGCUCGAGCCAGGCGACCGGCUCCAACAGACACUGUACAUGCUACCAUUCUUUCCCAGGAAGAUCACCCUCACCAUCCGAUAUACCGACUUCUGGUUUUGGGAGGAUGAUGAACCGCUCCGGAUUGACGCAACCUGGGUGAAUAAGGUUCGUUUCCCACACAGUGUCUCGCGGUUUUGUAUCGAGUUUGAAUCGAUCGAGCGACGAAAAAAUGAGGUCGACUAUAUCGCCCGCGAAGCCGCAGAGAAGUGGUACUUCCGUCGGGAAGAUGGGCUCUUACUUAUUCCAUAUGCAGGCGAUGGGUCGGUGUUGAAAUGGACGGGUAGCUCGUGUUUGGGGAAUCAGCGCUGGAUCCGCGAUGAGGUUCGACCGGGCGAAUUGGAUUAUCAUGUUAGGACAGCGACAUGGAGGCUGUCGACAGAGCAUGAAGCGCGGCCCCUGUGUCCGAAUCUCCAGGUCCCCGAUUCCAUGGAAAGGGGAUUGGCCCCGUACCUUGCUGGUCCUGCAUUUCUGUCUGCUGACGACCUUCGCGCGGCUAAGAUACCUAGCAGUGUGCCCGCUGCUGAAGCAUGUGAAACGCUGGAGAAAUAUCGUGAGGCUCAUCGUUCAGACUACGAUACCUAUGAUGAUAGUGACGAUUAG